AUGCGUCUAUUCAGGCAAAAGAAUAAAAAAAAUUCAUCACAGCAAGAUACGCUACCAAAGCAUCAUCAUCACAUUACAACACCAUCCCAACAGGGAUAUGAUGAUGAUCAUAAUAACAGUUCAGUAUAUCACGAUGGUGUAGCGGGGCAGACCGUACAUUAUGUGUGGCAUGAUAUUAUUGAUCCUACUAGUAAUGCAAGUUUUAACCAACAAAAAAUGCAACAAGUAAGACGACUCGAAAAACUCCAGAAUGGAAGUUUUACGGGUAAAACGCGUCCCACUAACUUAGAUAAACCAUUGCCUGUUAUAACUAAUACGCAACAAGGAUUAAAUCAACAAUUUCAUCCAAGACCAUUUUUACCUAAAAUCAACACUCAAUUUGGACCACAAAUGACCAAUCAGCAACCCAUGCAACCUUCUCAUGAUAAACAUGAUAAUCAGUAUUUUCAAAAUGCUACCAAAGCUUCGUCACCUGUGCCCGUUGCUUCAUCCUCGAUCGUCGAUGGUAAUCCAAUUUUUUUACAAAAAAUUCCAACUGCUACGGUUGAACAACAUGAAAUUGAUGGAAACGUGUUGAAUGCUAACAAUAAUGAAAAGGUCUUUAGAAAGAAAUAUUUAAAUAAAUAUAAUAAUAAUAAAUAUGAUAAACGUGGUAGUUUACAUGAUGGUUUCUUUUCUAAACAUCCACUUCAGUUUAUUCCUGAUAAUGAUAGUUCUGUAGAAGAUUCUAAUACUACUUAUUAUUCUUCACAAAGGAAUUCACCAACUCAUACUCCUUCCACCAAAUAUCAUGCUCAAGAAACAAAAAAAGCACCAUUUAACGUGCAAUUAAGAGAUUCUGUUCUCGGAACUGCUGGUGAAAAUGAGAAAGUUGCAUCAAAUGAAUCCCAACAAUCAUUCAAUAAUGUCAAGGUUGUUAAUAUCAGUGUCAACACGGAUACCAUUAUUACCACCAGCGAUAUUCCUAACCUUAACUCUCAAAGUAAUAUCAAUUUGAAAACCGAGAAUGAUCAUAGUAUUUCAAAAUUCCUUCCAUCUAUUACUCAAGGGCUUAAAGGAAUCAAAAAACAGAUUAGUAAGGUUUCGUUAAUCUCUUCUUCAGAUAAUGAAGUCUCUAUCAAACCAACGCCUCGAGAACAAUUACCACCUUCACAAAAUUCAUUUUCCAAAGAUUCGGGAUAUCAGUCACCCGGUAUUAAUAAUAAUGACAACUAUUUUGUAAAUCAAAAUGAUACUCCUAGUGUAAAAAAUUCGUUUAAUUCAUUUGAUUCAAAUAAUAUACAAAGAGUUAUGAUGAAUGUGGCUUCAAAUCAAUUUCCUACUAUUUCUACCGUUCAAAGACAACCAACGUCACAAAUUCAAUUUUCACCUCACGAUCAACGUCAAUCAACCCGUGAGGAACAUUUUCUAUUUUAUAAUACCAAAUCAGGUUCUAAUGGCAAACAUGCUGCUCCUCCGAUUGCCACCAAUAUUAAUGUCAUCAAUAAUGAUUUAUCAUCAUCUCAUAAUCCUCCUGAUAUACAAAUCAAUUUUUCUUCGUACAAAGUUGAUUAUUCCACUUAUGCUAAACCAACGGAUGACUCCGAUUCGGAUUUUAGCGUAUGUAGUGUUAAACAAAAUGGUAAUGGUAAUUUUAUUCCGAGAAUUGAAACUGCGAAUCCUGAUGCUCCAGUAUCACCGACGUCUGAUAAUGCUAGUGGCAUAUAUUCUAAUCAAAGUAAUGCCGUUAACAUGAGUAGCAAAUCUUUAAAUGUUGAAAAUUCAUUGAGCAAGCGACCCUUCUCUUCUACCAAUAUAUCAUUGCCUAAUAGUAUACCGUACCUUUUCACUAAUGAAGGCAGUACAAAUUCAUUGACUAAUGCCACUAGUCAAUUUAACAUGACUAAUAACGGUAGAUCUAACAAAGUCUUAUCAUUACCGAGUGAUUUUACCUCUCCUUAUUCCCAAUUUCAAUUUGAAAAUGAUAACAAUAAGCCAAAAACUUCAAGGAAAAGACCAAUCUCGAUGCCUCUUCAACCUUCUAAAUCAAGCAAACCACUUACAAAACCUCAUCGAUUCAGUUUUAGCUUUUUCAGGAAAUCAAAACAAACGAACGAGAUUUAUUUACAAGCAACAAAGGAGUUGGAAGAGAUGCAUUUUCAUGAAGCGAUUCGUUUACUUUCUCAAGUACUUAUCACUUAUCCGAAUAGUUAUUCAGUAAGAUGUGAUAGAGCGUAUGCUUCUUAUCAAUUAGAAGAUUGGGCGAGAGCUACCAGUGAUUUAACCAUCGCUAUUAACCGCAGACCAAAAAAACCAAAAGCUUACUCACUUCGUGGUGAAGUUUACCGUUUGUUGGGUGAUUAUGAUAAAGCUUUAAUUGAUUUAGAUAAAUCAUUAAAGAUACAAAAACAUCCUUUUGCCCUCAGGACUAGAGCUGAGGUUUAUAGCGCUCUUGCAAGAUAUGACGAUUCAUUAAACGAUUUGGAUACCGCUCUAGAGAUGGAACCAAAAAGUAUUUUCACUUUGACGAGAAGGGCAAAGGUUUAUUGUUCGCUCAAUAUUUAUAGAGAUGCUAUCGCUGAUUUAAGUAAAGCAUUAAUAUUAGAUCCCUCUCAAGCUUCGAACAUAUUGGCAAAUCGUGGUGAAGUUUACCGAUUAACUGGUAGAUUUGAUGAUGCCCUAAAAGAUUUAGAUAUGGCUUUGGCAAGAGGGGAGAAUAGUUUGGCUUUGGAAAGGCGUGGUGCAGUGUUAAGAUCGUUGGGACAAGAAAAUGAAGCCUUGGCUGAUUUUGAGAGAAUCAUUCAAUUAAAUCCACGUAGUUUCUUUGCUCAUAAAAAUCGGGCUGAAAUAUUGUUAUCAUUUGGUAAUAAUGAUGAUGCGUUAGUUAAUUUGGAUGUGGCCCUCCAAUUAGAACCAAAGAACUUUACCUUAUUGAAAUGUAGAGGCGAAAUAUUACAUUUACUCGGAAAUUAUGACAAAGCUAUCAUUGAUUAUGAUGCUGCUUUAGAUAUUGAACCACAUGACAUUGAAGUUUUAAAAAACCGUGGUGAAAUUCAUAGAUUAUUACAAAAUUUUGAUAAAGCUAUUCAAGAUUUUACUAAAUGUUUGGAGAUUGAUCCUUCAAAUGUUUACGCUCUUUCAAGAAGGGGAGAAGUUUUUCGCAUGUUGAGAGAAGGUACAAAAGCAUUACGUGAUUUAGAUGAAGCUAUCAACCUAGAACCUCAUGAUACUAUAUCAAGAGAAAGUAGAGGUGCCGUCAAUAGAACUUUCCGACGUUAUGAAGAAGCUUUAAAAGAUUUGGACGAAGCUCUUUAUUUGAAUCCUGAAAGUGUUUUCGCUUUGACAAAUCGGGGUGCUGUGUAUUUCAUGUUGAGAAGAAAUAAUGAAUCUUUAAUGGAUUUAAAUAAAGCUUUAUCUCUGGAUCCAAAGAAUAUUUUCGCUUUGGAAACUCGUGGAGCUUUAUAUAAUGUGUUUAAAAAACAUGAAGAUGCUCUUGAGGACUUAAAUUUGGCUUUAGAAUUAGAUCCAAAUAAUUCUUGGGCCUUAUCUUAUCGUGGUGAAGUUUUAGCCGCAUUAGGUCGUAAUGAUGAUGCUUUAUAUGAUUUAAAUCAAGUUUUACAAUCUUUACCGAAUUGGGGUUAUCCUUUGGCUUUACGUGGUGCAGUUUAUCGUUCCAUGAAAUUUCAUACACAAGCAUUGUUGGAUUUGGAUCGUGCCAUAACAAAUAUUAGAGACAAAGCUUUUAAUAUUAGUUAUGAAACCAAAGCUUUAUGUAAUAGAGGAGCCGUAUAUCAUAUUUUAGGUAGAGAUCAAGAAGCUUUGGCGGAUUUAAACAAAAUUCUUUUAAGAGAACCUAAUGAUAUCUUGGCUUUAACUGAAAGAAGUAUAAUUUAUUCUUCAUUGGGCGAAUUUGAUGUUGCUCUUAAAGAUUUAGAAAUUAUUUUGCGAUUUGAGCCUGAUAAUGCUGAUGCUUUAGAGAGAAAGAACCAAAUUGAGCGUGCUAAAAAAACUUACGACAAGUGUAGGAAUACAUAUACAUUAUUGGCUUAG